UUUCGAUUUUCAUAUCCAAUCUGAUAAUGUGAUUGUUUUUCUGCUUCGGAUUUUAGUCAUGUGCGUCAUUUUAUCCUAUUCGUUGGAUAUUUGUUCAAGUUUGGUGCGGAGGAGGAUCGCGGAGUACAGAUCAUUGAAUUUUUACUUCUUUUUUUUAAGGAAUGUUUUAGUGGAAAAUCGAAUAGUUUUCCGUGAUUCGCGAUCGAGGCUUCUGAAAUAACUUAAAUUUAAAGCAGUUUUUGCAAGGAAUGAUCUUGUGGAGACUGUUGACUCUUUUUCCAAUCGGUUUUACCAUCAUUUUUCCCUUUUCUUACUUCUUUUAUGUCCUCCAAUAAUUGUUUUUUUUUUAGAAAUGUUUUAGUAGGAAAUCGAAUAGUUUUUCACGAUUCGCAACCGAGUUCUAUGCAAAUUGAACUUAAAUUUAAAGCAAUUUUUGCCAGGAAUGAUCUUGUUACUACUGUUGAGUCUUUUUUUUAACCGGUUUUACCAUCAUUUUUCUGGUUUCUUAGUUCUACAUGUCCCCUCCAUUGGGUUUUUUUUUUUUUUGGAAUGUUUUAGUUGGAAAUCGAUUAUUUUUCCGCGAUUCGCAAUCGCUGUCUGCAAAUUGAACCUGGAGUCAAAAGCAAUUCUUGUAAGCUGGAGCUCUCGCCUGGACAGUUGUCUUAAUUUCAAGGUUCAGGCAGAAAUUAAUCCCCAGAGAAAUGCCAAGUCCGCGCGCUUUCUGUGCGCGUGGGGUCACGCUCCAUGUUGGUGGUUUUUUCUUGCCUAUUUCUUUUCCCCCUUUUUUUUAACACCUUUCUGUUGUUGGUUGGGCGACCUGUAGUUAUUGACUUAAUUCUGACGCCAAUCCAAAAGGAUCCAGCCACUUUCUUCAACGGAUAUCAGCCCCUUGUCGAUAUAAACUGAGAAGCUUGGAUUUACAUUUUUCAAUCUGCUAUCAACAAAAGUAUCAAUCCUAGCUGCAGAUACAUUGCAAAAUAAAGCUCUGAGAGUCUAUUGGAUCCAGCCCUCUAAAUCAACUCUCAAACUUCACCAACUUAGCAGCAUGGCUUCUUCCUUGGUUAAGUCACAAAAGAAUCUGAAGAGGACAGAAUCUAAGAAAUCACAUUCCUGGUGGUGGGAUAGUCAUAUCAGUCCCAAAAACUCCAAGUGGCUCGCUGAUAAUCUUGAGGAGAUGGACCAGAGUGUGAAACGGAUGUUGAAGCUGAUUGAAGAGGAUGGGGAUUCAUUUGCAAAAAAGGCUGAGAUGUAUUAUCAGAAGAGACCUGAAUUGAUCUCUCACGUUGAGGACUUUUACCGCAUUUACAGGUCGCUGGCUGAGCGUUAUGACCAUGUGACAGGAGAACUGAGGAAGAAUAUUCUAUCAGAUCUCCAAUCUCAGGGCUCAGGCAUUUCUGACCUUGGCUCUGAACCAGCCUCUACAUGUCCUUCUCCUGAUCAAAGGGAGAGGCGACGUAAAUCUGGUCGUCGAGCUGCUGGUUUUGAUUUCUUCCUCGGCUCAGGUGGGAGCAGCUCUGAUCUGUACAACAAAGGAGAUGAGUCAUCUUCACUAUCGGAUUCCGAGUCGGGAUCUGAUGAUUCCUCUGUCAACAAUUACUUGGGCGUGCCAGGAAAGCAACAGAUGCAACAGGAAGAGAAUGCAGACAGGUCAUUGAGGGGAACCGGAAAUGGGAAUUGUGAAGAUCUACUUGGAAAAAUUGCUGGAUAUGAAGAAGAGCUGAGGGCUGCUAAGGAAAAGAUUCAGCUUUCAGAAGAAGAGAUCGUUCGGUUGAAAACUGAGCUCCAGAAAUAUGGACCCUUGAACUUUACAAAUAAUUUCCAGGCUGAGCUUGUUGAAUUACCACCUAGAGAUAUCAAGAUGCAGGAAUCCGAGCUGGAGUUUGCAAAAAAACAAGCAUCAGAAUUUGAAGAAGGGGCUGUUGGGUUGGAAGUGGAUUGCUCAGACCCUGGUCUUAAGAUUCAAAGCCUAGUGGAAGAGCUGAGAAUCACAAAAGAAAGGCUUCAGGGUUCAGAGAAAGAAAUUGCAACUUUGAUAGAUGAACUUGCAAGUAGAGGAUCCUCUGAAAGUAUCAGCCAUAUGCAGGAACAGCUUGAAUUGACUCAUAAAGACAUUGCUAUGUGGAAAGCCAAGCUCGAUAGAGAGAAAAGGGAGGUCUCCAAGCUUCAGGAAAGGGUUGGGAGGUACAAAACUAGUUUAUCAGAUCGGGAACAUGAGAUCAGGGAAUUAAAAGAAGUCAUCUCUGAUGCUGACCAUAAUUUUGAGCUCGAAAAAUCACUACUAAUGGCCAAAAUUUCAAAACUCUUAGACGACCAGUCUCAUUUGGAGGAGAAGCUAAAAGAAUGGGAACUACGCUGCCAGUCUUUAGAGGAGGAGAUCAAGCAAGUAGAUGCCGAAAAAAGAGAAACCAAAGCUCGCCUUGAAGAACAGGAAAAGUUAUGGAAGACCGAAAUCGAGCAGUUAAAGGCAGACACUGCUGAGAGUGGUGAUCGCAUCAACGACCUGAAUAAAAGCCUAGACGCACUAAACUUGAAACAUGACACUUUAAUGUCGGAAAGAGAUGAGCUCAGUGCAAGAGUUCAUGCACUUAUCUCUGAACUAAGUUCCAGAGAUGAUCAGAAAAUUCAAAUGGAUAAGUAUUUGCACCAACUACGAAUAGAACAAGCAGAGCUGGUCGCUGGAGCUGGAGAUGCACGUAGACUGGUAGAGGAGCUGAGAUCAAAAGCUAAGCAACUGGAGGAGGAGGUUGAGAGGCAAAAGGGUUUAGUCUCAGAAGCAGCAGAAGAGAAGAGGGAGGCGAUUCGCCAGCUUUGUUUCUCCCUUGAACAUUACAGGAAUGACUACAAUCGGCUUCGCCAAGCUUUUACAGUCCACAAGCGGCCUGCAGUUUUAACAUCCUAAUCUGGUAUGUGAGCUUGGAUAAUGUAUGUAUUGUCUGGAUGGUGAAGGUUAAGUUACCCUGAAGUUUCACAUAGGCCUUACUUGGAUUGCUUUGUGGUUGAAGAGCCCAAAAGUUGCUGGCAACUUUAGGUAUUGAUGGAGAAAUGCUGGAAAUAAAUUAUCUUCUGCCUCAGCUCAGUUAGUCGAGGCUUUCAAUGUGCUUGACCCUCUGUGGGUGUGAGUUAAAAUAAAGGAAGAUGUGAAUUUAAAGCC